AAAUAAUAUUAAUUAUGCUGCUUUUGAUAUUUUUAGCAUUAGCAUCCUCAUUAAGAAUUCAAAAAAACUUUGCCAUAUCAAAUAUUGAGAGGACAGUGUCAUUAACUGAUAGAUACGUCAACAUCCAAUCCAAAGUAACUAUCAAAAUAAUUUUAAGAUUACUUUUUAAAAUGAUGGAGUGAUUCCAAUUGAAAAGAUUUAUUAUACAAUCCAUAAUGUAUUGUCAGAUAGACUUUAUCAUGUCAAUAUAGAGGAGUGCAAUGCAAAAAAACUCAUAGAAGACGUGGACGUAAAAUACAAAUAGAAUGCCACAGUCUAUGAAUUCACCUUGAUUAAACCAAUUGAGCCAUCCUCCACUUUAGAAGUAGAAUUAAGUGAACAAUUUUAUAAGAGAUUUAACCCAUUACCAAAAGAAAUUGGAUUAGAGGUAUAAUAAUAAAGAUUAAUAAUUAAGGAUGAACAAUUAGUCUAAUUCAAGGAUUCAGUCUAUUUCUUCACUCCUUAUCCAGUAAAGAAUCAAAUUACUUACUACGACACUCCUAAAAUUAUGUAAAGAUGUAAUGUAAUUAAAGUUCUUACUCACUAAAAUCAGCAAUUCAAAGAAACUAACUUCUAGAAUUUGGGCCUUUCUAGGAUGUUAAGCCUUAUACUACAUAAAUUCACACAAUUCAUUUAGAGAAUAACACUCCAAUGACUAUUUUUACAAAAGCUUCUAAAAUUGUAGAGGUCUCUCAUUGGGGUAAUAUUUUAAUUGAAGAAAAUUAUUCAAUUGAAAAUCAAGGAGCCAAAUUAAAAGGAGAGUUCGGAAGAGUCAGUUUCAAUAAAUACAAUCCAAAUGUAGGCAAGCACUCUUUGAAAUAAUUGUCAGCCUCACUCCCAUAUGAUUCUUGGGGUGUUUAUUACAGAGAUGAAAUUGGAAACAUUUCCACAUCAAAUGCUGCUAAAGGGGUACCUUGUAAUUUUAUGAGCAUCUUAGAAACUAAAUGGAGAAAACUAAGCCUUAGUCUAAUUAAGACCUAGAUUUGCAAUAUUUGGAGGAUGGAGAAGUAACUUUACCUUAGGAUACAAUUUACCAACCAAAAAGUAUUUGAAAGCAAUAUAAAUUAGAUAUUUAGAACAAGAUGGAAACAAUUUUAGACUAACACUAAAUUUCUCCUUCUCUGUAAAGGAGAUAGUAUCUGAUAAAUAUACCUUCUAAAUUUCCUUACCUGAAGGAGCUUAUGAUAUCCAAGUUGAUCUACCUUUGCAAGUGGAAAGGAAUGACACACUAUUGUUUUCUUACUUUGAUACAGUAGGUAGACCAACCAUAAUUUUGAAUAAGGCAACCACAAGUCAAUUUGACAAUAAGCAAAUUAUUGUAAUGUUUAAUUUCUAAGCUAGAUCACUUAUCGACUAUCUGGAGCAUCGAUUUUGAGGGAACCUUUAAUGAUUUUCGGAAGCUUUUUGUUUGCUUUUCUGUCUAUAAUAUAUUUAAGAAGAUUAGAUUUAUAGACAUUAAAAUUAAAAGAGUGAU